AUAACCAUAGCAACGAGACGCUGGGCUCUGCUACAGAUCAGCAGAGGGGAUUGAACACGACAGUUGCAGAAAUGGAGAACCUGACCACCAUUACUUCAUCCAGUGGGGAAAAAAAAUCUGUAACUGUGAGAAGGACGGAUUCCUGGGAUGCUGAGAAGAUCACUGAGCUGAUCAGUCCGGCUACUGAAGCAGUGUUCGGCAAAGUGAAUGUGAUCUUCCUGCUAGAAAAGGCGAAUCUUGCAUUUACUAUAAGCACAGCAACAAAUGAAGUCCUGGCCCAUGCUGCAUUUAUGGACUAUCCCAUUGGUGACCUGGUGGAUCAGGCUUCAUGGGAGCAGCUACUUCAAACCCAUUUUAAUGCCACACAGCUCACACCUUUAAACACAAUUUUCCUGCAUCUAUUUGUGGCCCAGCUUGACUUUUCCAUUUCCAGCGCUAAAGAGAUUAUCAGAACUGUGUUCAAUGCCAUCACAGAGCUGGAAUACAUCUGCAUCCUCAUCCCAUACAGCAGCAGCCUUGAGCCGGCUCUGAUGGACAUUUUUGAGCACAUGCCCUGCAUUACAAACGAAGUCCAGUGUGGUGUGUUUGUGUGCAGCAGACACAACUAUUUUCCAAGACUGUAUGUGCGGAGAGCCAGGGUAGAAGAUCUUCUUGACCUCAUAUAUGUGGAGGAGAUGACAACUCUGAGCGAUUCCUGGCCUGAAACGGAAACCCUGGCUAAGAUAAUCGAGGCUGAAGAUAAAAUGAACCAUGUAGCAGUAUUUGAGAAUGAAGGCCAUGCCAUUGGCUUCAUCAUUGUCUCUGGUACAUUUAACCUGCCGCUACUGAACACUGAAUUCGAGCUUGGGCCCUUUAAUGGAUUGAAGAAAGCAGAGAAGCAAAGUGAGGAUUCAGACCAAUCACAGCAGAUUGAGUCUACAGAUGACAUCACUGGUCCUCAAAAGCCAAAUACAGAGUGUGAGGUCAAGGAGACUGAGCCCAUUAAAGCUCAUAUAACAGAGAGCAGAGAAGGCGGCAUGGCCACAGAAGCAGAAGAUAAUGCUUUCUUGAUCCGAAUCCAAAUUGAUAAGAGGUUUGAAACAAGGGCCGUGGAUUGCUUGCCUUAUGCUUUUCAACUUUUCCCGGAGCGGGAAUUCUGCAUUUUAUUGGUGCAUACGGUGGAUCCGGAUUCCCCUUUAUUCCAUACCUUCAACAGAGCUGUGCCACAUGACUGCAGACAGCAUGAGCUUUACAUCUUCCACCGUGAAGGCCUUCUAAAGACAAUACAGGUGCGUGUUGCUGGUCCUGAAGAUAAACCUGCAAUUCAGAGACUGGUUCCUCAGCACCAAGCCCUGAUGGAGGAUUUGGAUCUAUUCUUCCACCUAGACCCAGAUGUUCAGGCAUUUGUAGCACAGGUCGAAGGACAAAUAAUUGGUGUGUUGGUCAUUAAAAAUGAGCAGGACAUCAAGUACAUCCGAGCCAAUUAUGACAUUGAGAAGUUUGUGUACUUCAUUCAUCAUCAGGAUGAGGAACAUGGUCGACUGUGCCACUUUGUCCUGAACCCCAUUUUCCAGCAUUAUGCCAAGCACUUGUUCAAGGAGGCACUGCGUCUUGCUCACAAGUCAUGCCUGUACUACCGUGUUUAUCCGUCAUACCCCAGUGACAAGAGUUUCAGUGCCCACUCCCUGAAAGCAGUGCUGAGCAGUAUGGUGCCAGUGCAUCCACGACGCCAGGUUAUCUAUCCAUUGGAGGAGUUGGGCAUCAAUGCACCGUCCACUCUCAUCACCAGGGAACAGGUCCCUUACGCACUGAAUCACAUUAACCGGAAGCUAACGAUGGAGUCCAAAAUUAACAUCAAUGCCAGGAUUGUUGUGGUAGGAGCUUCAGACACUGGUUUGGCCUUUUUGGAAGCUCUUGUAUUCUGCCCGCACCUUCAGUUCAACAACCUGACUCUCAUCUCACCUCUUGGCUUUCCUGAACACCACAGUACUGAAAACAUCAGCUUUCUAUCUACAAGUCAUUGCUACACCGAGCGGGAUCACGGUCAGCUCUCACUUCGCUCCUGGGUCAAUGUGGUGAUGGGAAAGAUGACAGCCAUAGACAGGAGAGCAAAACGUGUACAAGUAAACGGACAUCACUACAUUCAUUACGAUCAACUCAUCCUCUGCACUGGUCAGCAAUACGAGAUGGUUUGUCCUACUGGAGUAGAAAUCAGUACAUGGUCCUCGACCAGCUCAGUGCCAGAGCAACAUGUAUUCAGAUACACUAGUCACAUUCCCUCCAACCUCUUCACUCUGAAUGGCCAGCAGGAAUGCACUCAGGCCUACUACUGGCUUACGGAGAACUUUGUCAAGCAGAAAGGUACCGCUGUGGUUUAUGGGGAUACUAUAGAUGUCUACACCUGUGUGGAGACACUGCUGCAAAUGGGUGUAUCUGGGUCCCGAAUCCAUGUGGUCCACCAGGCUGCAGAUGGGUCCCCAUCCUGUUUCCAGAACCUUAUUGUGUAUCAGGCAGUGAUGAAGGCUCUUUUUGAUCAGAACAUUCAUGUCCAUCACAAAUGCUUCCUGGCUCAGAUUAAUGAUGGACAACACCACGAGCCACUCAUAUCUGUCUCAUUUUCCACAGAUGGCACACCUUUUAGACUGGAAUGUGAUGUUUUCUUUAACUUCUCCAAAAAACACGUGGACUAUGACUGCUUUAAUGCCAUUAACAAUGCCAGUGUGGUGUUUGAUGGCCGUCUGGUUAUUGACUCCAACUACCACACAAAUGACAGCAACAUCCAUGCUGCUGGACCUUUAACAAAGUUAUCUCGUCGCUACUAUGCUGAUCAGUGGUCCCAUUCUUACUUUAACUCCAAGGAGGUGGGUCAGGCACUGGCAGCCAUGCUCCUAAACUUAUUUGACCCAACACUGGGGCCAAAAUCUAAACCUGCACCUGCUGAUGGUAUACCACCCAUCUACAGACAGCCUAAGAUUAUAGGUGGAAAUCUACCAGGUGGAUACCAUUAUCUACAUGUUGCAAAACCCUCAGGCUACACCGACACAACUCCACCAGUUAGUAGCACACGGGGCCGGAGCAUUGUGACAGGGAGUGUAGAGACAGGAAACUACUUCCGGCUGCAGUUCAGUCAGCAUAGCAUAGUGGAAAGCAUCACCUGCUUGUCCUUGAAUCCAGUUCCUGUCUCCAACUAUCUCUGUCUGUUUGGCAAACACCAGCUGCUGCUUAACCAUCUGUAUGCACGCUUCGACGAAGAUCUUAUCCACGACCUCUACAGCUAUUUCAGAGAGAGUUGGUGCAUGGCUGUAUUCCACGAUCGCUUUACCGAUUUCCUGAAGGACGCUCGGCAGCUCAUGACAGCCGAGCUCGGGGUUUCAAGUGGACAAAGAAAAGCGCUGGCCAAUGUGAAGGAAAGCUUUCUAAAGUACCUACUCUUCAAUCAGUACCAUUUACCCAUGUACGCACAGCCUAAACAGCUGUAACUGGAAGAAGUUCAUGUUAUAUUAUAGUUAAGUAUCACAAUAAAUGAUAAGCACAUCUUCAAUGCAA